UGCAGACCUGCUGCUUGCCCGAGAUUACAGGAGCUGCCUAGCAUUACUCUCCACCUGGGUGCGGUUGGAAUUUUCUUCCUUCAGCCACUGUUACUGAGGUCUCGGCUUCUAUACAGUAUACCAAUAAGAUCUUUGGAAGAAUAUUCAUAGAGACAUAGAGUUUAAGGCCAGAACAGACCAUCUAGUCUCAUCUCCUGUAUAUCGUCAGAUACCAGCAGUACCCAGCACCGCACGCUAAACCCAACUCCCUAUUGACGGCUAUUCUGUGAGUCACCAUGGCUUCCAUGCCUUCUCCAACCUGCAACAAGAACACUGACUCUGACUAUUAUUUACUCAGUGACACUGAACAAGCCUGGGGCAUCGUCCUGGAAACACUGGCUACAGCUGGUGUCAUUGUCACAAUCAGCUUCAUUCUCUUGCUACUCAUCUUCAUGGGUAAGGUCCAAGACUCCACCAAGCGACAGAUGAUCCCUAUCUAUUUCCUCUUCCUCUUCGGCACCCUAGGGAUCUUCGGCCUCACCUUUGCUUUCAUCAUUAAACUUAAUGUCCAGACUGGCCCCACCCGCUUCUUCCUCUUUGGCGUCCUCUUCGCUCUCUGCUUUUCCUGCCUCCUGACCCAUGCCUUCAACCUUGUCAAACUGGUGAGGGGGAAGGCCCCCUUUUGGUACCCGGUGUUGCUGGUUAUUGCUAUUAGCCUCACUGUGGUGCAGAUUAUUAUAGCCAUAGUGUAUGUAGUCGUUAUUGUGGCCAGACAAAAUAUUCACUUUACUACGAUGAGUCCAGAACAACGCAAUAUGGACUUUGUCAUGCUUCUGAUCUACGUGCUCCUCUUGAUGGCACUCAUCUUCCUGGUCUCCAUGUUCACCUGCUGUGGGACAUACAAACGCUGGAAGAGGCAUGGAGCACACAUCUAUGUCACUGGCUUGUUCUCCAUAGCCAUCUGGGUGGUGUGGAUCACCAUGCUUUUGCGAGGCAACCCAGAAUUAAAGAAACAGCCCAUCUGGGAUGAUCCUGUCAUCAGCAUAGCUCUGGUGUCCAAUGGAUGGGUCUUCCUGAUGAUGUACAUGGUGCCUGAAUUCUGUUUUCUGACAAGCCCACGCAACUCUGAGGACUACCCUCCAGAAAACUAUUCUUGCCAGCCUAAAUUCAUGAAGAAGAUCUUUGGAGUGGAGAACCAAGCCUAUAUCAUGGAGGAGACCACAACAGGCCCAGAAAACAACAGGGAUCCACGCUACAUUCCACAUCAUACUCACUUUCAGAUGGAGAGCCUCAAACCUCAGCAGGAGUUCUCCAUCCCCCGGCCUAAAACCCAGGUCAGUCCGUACAAGGAUUACACUGGCGGGCAAGGCACCAAGUAACAGCUCAGUGAUCAGCCAAGAGACAAUGCAUGGGCAGUUGGGGCUCAGAGAAAGACCUCUGCUUCUAUCCUGCUAAACAGAGACAGAACCUGACUGAUAGGACUGCGACUGAUGAAAGGGAUGGGCCCUUUUUCUUCCCCAGCUCCCUUUGGCUUUAUGCAUGCAGCACUUUAAUUCCUUUCCAUUCAUCCAGCAGAGCACUUUGAACAUAAAUCCCCCUGCCUACUCCUGUUCAAUCAGUUCCCUGUCCGCAAUUAUGUGACUGAGCUCAGCUGUUCUUGUCCAGAGGCAGUGGGUUUCUGAUGGCACCAGAGCUUCCUGCGGUAAGGCCAGGAACGAGGAACUUUGUCAGCAGAGACCCCAACCACUCAGUCCUGAUCACCUUAGCAUCCUUGUGCGCACUGCCAGCUGGUAAACUGAAACAAGCAGGAAUUUUCACGAAUCACCUUCUGACUGCCUUCUGACAACCAGGGCCCAAAGUCUCAUGUAUUGCUGAAAGUACCUGACCCAUACAGCACUGAUCCACCCAAGUACUGCAGCCUCUCUGUCUCUAGUUCCAUAGCACUGACUCACAGCUAGAGCUGGCUGGCAAAGAGAGAGAAUCUUUCUUUCUUUCUUUCUUUGUUUCUUUUUCUUUCCAACUUUAUCCCCCUAUAGAGUUGGUUGGAAAAUGGCAUGGGGGAGGGAAUUAAUUAAAAGUUGUGGAAACAUUAGUUUUUAUUGAAAUUUUGAAACCUUCUACAUUUCCUGACCAGCACUCCUAACAGCUUCCUCCCUAGACAUGCUGCUCACCAUUGAUUCCCAAACUCCACCCCCAAGACAACCUUCCCAGCACUGACCACCAGCACCACCACAGAGCUCCUUCCCAGCACUGAUUUCUAGUCACUAGGACUCUGGUCUUCCUAACACUGAUUUCAGUCCCCCAAACCUCUUUUCUGACAUUUCUGACUUCUGGUUCCUUCCAGCCCCUGAGUCUCAUGCUUCCUGGCCACCUAAAAUCUCCCAAGAUAGGGGAGGUAGACUCCCCUUUUCCCAGAAGUGUGCGUGAGCUGCGUCCUGGUGAUAAGUCUGCAGAGCUGAUUCUUCCUGGAGUCUGCGAUGCAUUUUGUAAAUAGUCUUGUUUGCAUUUAUAUAUAAAUACACAGACAUCCCCAAGUGAACGAGCUAGGUACGUUAGCGGCUGAUGAUUCUAUAUAUUUAUUUAAUACUUUGUAUGUGGAAUAUUUAAUAAAAGCCUGGCUCACAGGAACUGUCAUUCUUCAUCAGUGAAAUGAACCUUCUAGUGCAGUGGAGGAGUAAGGGCCAGUAUCUGUCGUUUGUGACACUCCAUGGGUUGUAAUGAGUGAGUUGGCACAAGCCCCUCAGAGGGAGCAGGGCGGGGACAAGCACUGAACCCCUUAGGAGUUGUCAUUGUGGAUCAGGUUUAACUUUGUAAGGUGAUGCACUGUUGGAGAAGAAGAUUUAGUAGCCCUGGCUUCUCUGUGCUACUGUUCCAGACAGAAAAGGCAAUUCAGACUGUACAUUGCCCAAGAAAUGAAGAACUCUAGAACCAGGCCCUACAUGACAUGUGUGCAGAAUGCUGCGAGCAUUUCAGCUGUGCAUGCACAUGUGUGUGGGUCUGGAUUAUAUUAUUUGUGUCUUGUUCCACGCUGUAAGAAUGUAACUAA